GAUACUGAUCUGAAGUCCAUCGUUCCAGGCUUGCCAUCAUGGAUCCUCUGUUGGAAGCAAGUGGCACCUUUGCCUUAAACCUUCUGAAAACGCUGGGUGAAGACAGUUCAAGAAAUGUGUUUUACUCACCCAUCAGCAUCUCCUCGGCCCUGGCCAUGGUCCUCUUGGGGGCAAAGGGAACCACCGCAGUCCAGAUGGCUCAGGUACUUUCUUUAAAUAAAAGCAGCAGCAGUGGAGGUGGAGAUGUCCACCAGGGCUUCCAGUCCCUUCUCACUGAAGUGAACAAGACGGACACACAGUACUUGCUUAGAACAGCCAACAGGCUCUUUGGAGAAAAGUCUUAUGAUUUCCUCUCAUCUUUUAAAGAUUCCUGCCAGAAAUUCUACCAAGCAGAGAUGGAAGAGCUUGACUUUCUGAAUGCUACAGAGGAGUCCAGAAAACACAUAAACACCUGGGUAGCUAAAAAAACAGAAGAUAAAAUUGCAGAGUUGCUGUCUCCAGGUUCAUUGAAUACAGACACUAAACUGGUUCUCGUGAAUGCCAUCUACUUCAAAGGAAACUGGGAUAAACAGUUUGACAAAGAGCUCACCCAGGAGAGACCAUUUAAAGUCAGCAAGGUGAAUGUUGCAUAUGUGCCUACAGGUUACCAAUAUCUCACUUUUGAGGGAGAUUUCAAUAUAAUAGCACUCAAUGAACAGCCAUGGAUCAACCUGAUGGAUGAAGAGGAGGUGGAGGUUUUCCUCCCUCGGUUUAAGCUACAGGAAAAUUAUGAUUUGGAGGAAGUCCUUCGCAGCCUGGGCAUGACCGAUGCCUUCGAUGAAGCCAGGGCAGACUUUUCUGGAAUGUCAUCCAGGAGAGACCUGCAUCUGUCCAAGGUUGUGCACAAGUCCUUUGUGGAGGUCAAUGAGGAGGGUACUGAAGCUGCAGCCGCCACUGCCGCUAUCAUGAUGAUGAGGUGCAUGAGGUUCACUGCGAGAUUCUGCGCAGACCACCCCUUCCUCUUCUUCAUCCAGCACAGCAGGACCAGAGGGAUUCUGUUCUGCGGCCGAGUUUCUUCUCCGUGAGGAAACAGUCAUCCCUGGGUGCAGUCCUCUGCUUUCACCCACUGACCCACUUUUCUUUCAACACUCCACCAUGUGCCUGUGACCCAAGUGACCUUAUCAGUGCAGUGUAACAAUUCAGAAAUAAAGGGCCCAUUUUGGAGUCCCAUGUUGACUACUGUU